CUGUACAAGCUCAUGUUUCUUUCUCCUAGUGUUUAUUAAUAAAUGUAAACAGAUUAAAAGUUGCCUUGGAGACCUGCAGCAUAUGUUUUAGCUCAGACAGAGAGAGGCCAGUCUGUCCUGUUUUCUUGUUCAGUUGGCUACCAGCUCUAAACUUUGGGUCCGCUUCAUGGUUAUUGUCCUGGAACUUUGUUAUUUGAGUUUAGGGCAAGAUAUACAAUGGAGGACCAGGAGGUUGACUUUGAGCAAGUUUAUGGGUCUCUAUCAGAGACAGAGGGAAAAUAUGAGCCCUUAUUUAUUGAUGAGGAAGACGAAGACUACUUUGAAGAUUGCUUGGAAGAGGCUGCCCUAGCUCUGCCUGGAGAGUCCUUGCCUUCCUCACAACACUGCAGAGAAGCUUUACAAGCUGAGUUUAAUGGACUUAUGCAACAGAUGUUGGCACAGUUAGAUAUUUUUGAUGCAACCCAUUCAAAUACAUCUACACCACUGCCUUUAAUUUCAGAAAUAGAGAAAAAGAACACAAAUGGACUCACGUUUGGAGAGACGUGCAUUCCAGAGAAAGAGAAAACUGUGUAUUUGGCUAAAGAUGAAGCUCUGAGCUUUCCACUUGAGCCAUGGCCUGAUUUGUGUACUACCAUGGAAAUAAAAAAGCUGCGAGCAGCAUUUGAGAGCUGUAUUGAGGAGGUAGGCCAGUUGGAGCACAGAAGGGAUGAGUUGGUACAGGAGCUGCUAGAGCUUGAGGAGCCCAUGGCCCAGGAGCUGCAGACUGUGAGGGAAGCUUUGGGGAAGGAACAAGGCCUCCUGUCCAAAGUCAGACUACAGAAACAGAACCUGCAAGAGGAGACUCAAAUGACAAAGAGACACCUGUUCAUAGCUGCCCGAGACUGUACACAGAAACAAGUAGAGCUUGAAAUACAACAGAAAGAGGUGGAGCAGCUCAACCAAGCUCAGGAGGAGCUGAACGCCUUUGUUGUUAAGCUGACCGAGGAGAUCACCAAACUUCAUGCAGAUCACCAAAAUGACCUGCAGGCCCUGCAAAAGCAGCAGAGCAACAUCACUCAAGAGUCCAGCAAAAAGAAAACCCACUCUUAUGUGACACAAGGAAGAAGGGCCUCUUGUGACCUACAGCAAUACCUGCAAGGAGGGAUCAAAGCUCUGGAGGAGUUUUACGAGCCCCGGUUAGUGUCCCUACUGAAGAGACGAGAGGCCACGGUGGAUGCCCUCAGUAUGGCUAAAGAGCAGUGCCAGGAGCUGAAGGCCCAGCUAGGGCCACUGAGAGAAGAGGAGCAACUGCUGAGACUGCACAGGACUCGUCUAGAGGAGAGGAUCAGACUAAUGGAGGAGCAGAGGAUGGAAAAUGUGGAACAAUAUCAGGAAACAGUUGACCUUCUCGAGGAGAACAGCCGUGAAAUAAAAACUGAGCUUCAGAUCCAGAUGAAGAAAACAGAAGAAUUGGAAAUGGUGAAAAACAGCAUGUACAAAGAGCUGCUUCUCUACAGCAAAAUUCCUGCUGAACAACUACAUUACCCAUGGUCCAGCAGAGAAAGCUUCACCAAUCAGAGGACCGCAGCCAACGAAGCCCGCAAAACUAGCCCAGGGGCAACCUCCCAAAUUAAUGAUGCACUGUGAAUGAUGCAAACGAGUCGGUCUCCCUUCACCCUUAAACUGCAUAUCUAAUUGUAUAUAUCAGAAUAUUUAGCAAUAAAUGUGCACUAUAUUGUUUCUAUACUUAGAAUUAACCACCUAAAAUCAAUUGUUUUAUAUAUUCUCAUAGUUUUUUAUUCAAUGACAUAAUUCGCAAUGCUUCAUGGGAUUGUAUUUUAUGCCCUCAUGAAAGACGGUAAUUACACAGUCUUGUUCCUUUGUCUUUUUGUCCGAUUUUCAAAUAGUUUUUUUUUUUGUUUUUUUUACCUCAAAACAAAGUUUGUAAUGUUGUGAUUCAUCUUGGAGCUGGCUGCUUUGGUUCAUGGCUUACAACUUUUUUAUAUAGGAUUUUAUGAAAAGCCUAUGCAAAUAAUCAGAUUGCUGAAAAAGUGGGCGGAAACUGUUGCGCUCUAUUAAACAUCAAAUAUGUUUUGAUUGGCUGACUGUUGUGUCGCAAAACAUUUUCGGUAAUGCGGAUGAAUUUCUUAUUGUAUGAAUGCUGGAAAGUGCAGAGAACCUUGUCUCUUUGCACUUGUUUGGAAAUGUUGUUAGGUGGCAUAUCUAUAAUUUACACCCUUAUUGUUUUAUAGAGAGAGCGUAAAGGGCCUCUGCAAGCAAGAGAAGACUCUGGUGGUGGAAAAAAUCUAAUUAUCAAAUAUUUGUGUUAUUGAUGAUCUUAAAAGUUGCUAAAAAUGCUUUUGAUAAAUAGUUUUCAUUGAUAAAUCCGAGCUGCCUGUCUUAUUAUUUAUAAUCAACAAUAAUCACAAUAUAUCGAAUGCACAGACAUGCAUGUUGAUGUAUUGCACAGACUUCAAGGCAGAUUAAUAGAAAUAAAAUUGUGCAUUAUGCAUUAACUAAUAGGGCCUUUUCCACUGGCAGUACUAAAGCCCGUUUUAGGUACUUUUCCCCUGGUCUAGUGCUUUUCUUUGCUUUCACACCUAAGGAACUAUAGUUCCUCUAAGCCGUUUUAGGGGACAUUUUUAGCUCCUACUCUGGGGUAGAUACUUUUGGGGCAUAUAGGAACUGUGGGACUGUGGGAGGUGCUGCAGUCUGUGAUUGGACAAACCCUGCAUUGAGAAAGGAGAGGUGCUCCACAGCCACCAAUAGUAAACAACUAGCUGCUAGCCUGCUACUGAGAGGACUGCACUCAUUUUAUAAUUCCCUUAACAGAUAUAACAUAUAACAAACAAAAUAUCCAAAGAGAAUUGCCCAUUUCACAUGUGUUUAUGUGUGUGACUUCAUGGGGAGACAUGAUUUGAGUUUUCAUCGCAUCUGUACUGUGUGAUUAUAAAGUAAAUAAAGUGAAUUCUGACUACAUCGACUUUUUUCCUGGGAUGACGGAUAUAAAUAAUAAUAUGUUUAUCAAGAGUGGGUAAUUGAACUUUAUUAUACACUAAACCAUCAUUAAAUCUAGUUUACAUGAGGGAAGUAUUGUGUGACUGUUACUGCAUGGUUAAUUUGCAUCAAGAUGUCUUUUUUAAAUCAAUGAGUGAGUAUUUCUGUACAGUAAUGUAUGUUGAGUCAUAAAAGCCUUUAUUGUUAAAGAUCGUGUUGAUAAUUAGGUUUAUAGUGCAUUUUCAUCAUGUUGUCUGCUGAGUUCAGCAUGUGUAAUGUGAUUAAAGAGCGCUUUUCGCCGCCUAGUCUCAUCUCGCCGGCGACAGACAACAUGAAGCACCGCGUGCGCAUCUCACGAGCUCAGUUUAACUGUAAACUGAAGACACAGUCUGCACCCAUAAACUGGAAAAUGUUGCCUUCGGAGGCUGUCUAAGGAUGGAUGAAGUUAGGAUGAAAUAAGGUGCCUUUUAAACUGUUCAGAAAGUUCCAUUCAUCCAAAAACACUGUUGUUUAAACCAUUAAUUGAUAAGGCAGCUGCCUACGUUUGUGAGUAUGACUGCAAAAGGGGAAAAGUCUCCUCGAGUGUUCCGUUCCUCCUAAGAGUUCUCAUCUAGAAAGUUACUAAGGGAAAAGUAUCAGGACUGUAGGUGGAAAAGGGUCUACUGUUAACGAAUGGAACCUUAUUGUAAAGUGUUACCGAGUUGUGUGUCAGCCAGUGGAAA